AUGAAGCGACCGAUUUCAAUUCCACUGUAUGAGCCGGCGGCGCAGGAAGCUCGCGCUCCAGCCUCACAACGAUGGUUUCAUGCUAACAUCACGGGUACUGAAGCUGUGGAACUAUUAACAAAGGAAAAACAGUGGACAUACCUAGUUCGGUAA